GUGUGGAGUGUCCGUGCCCCUACGGGGCGAGCCAGUCAGCCAGCCAUGGCGCUGCUGCUCCACGUGCUGUCCGCCCUCUUCGGCCUGGGGUCCUGGGUGGCCAUUAACGGACUGUGGGUGGAGCUGCCGUUGCUGGUGCCCGAGACCCCCGAAGGCUGGUACCUGCCCUCCUACCUCACCAUCCUCAUCCAGCUGGCCAACGUGGGCCCCCUGCUGGUCACCCUCCUGCACCGCUUCCGGCCGGGCUGGCUGCCCGAGACGCGGGUGGUGUACGCCAUUGUGUGCCUCGGCGUGGUCUCCUGCCUGCUGGUCGCCCUGUUCUGGAAGGAGACGGGCAUGGUGGGCGGGGAGCGGCACAGCACGGCGCUGCUGGCGCUCGCCUUCUUCCUGUCGCUGGUGGACUGCACCUCCUCCGUCACUUUCCUGCCCUUCAUGAGCCGCCUGCAAGCCCGCUACCUGACCAGUUACUACACCGGGGAGGGCCUGAGCGGGUUAGUGCCCGCCCUGGUGGCCCUGGCACAGGGCGUGGGCGUGGUCACGUGCCACCAGGACAAUGUCACCGUCAUCGGCAACACCAAUGCCAUUAACACCGACGUCCACAACAUCACCACCAUCAACAGCGUCAUCAUCAACACCAACACCACCGCCACCAUGGCCAACCUCACCGAUGCCAACCUGACCUUGACAAAGCUGGUCGCCCAUUACCAACCAGCCAAUUUCUCACCCCGGGUCUUCUUCUUCCUGCUGGCGGGGAUGAUGCUGAUGUGUCUGAUGGCCUUCGGGCUCCUCAACCACCUGCCGCUCGCCCGCCGUCAUCACCAACAACACCACCGCACGCCGGGCAAGUACGGCAAACAUUCGCCCGCCUGCCCCGGUGGGGAAGCCGACAGGAGCACCAAGCCAGAGCCAGUGGAGGAGCGAGACCCAGAGAGGGAGAGGGAGCGGGUGCGGCAGCUGGAGAACGAGCGAGACACAGAGACUGAGCAGGAGCCAGAAAGGGAGAGAGACACCGAGAGGGAGCCAGAACCAGAGCCGGAACAGAGACCGAUGAUCAGCCGCAGGCCUUCCUGCUGGUACAAGGCGAGGCCCAGCACCUUCCAAGCCGGACACUACACCUGGCCACAAGCCACCUUUAUCUUCCUGGUCCUGGCCUGGGUGAACGGGCUGACCAACGCAGUGCUGCCCUCGGUCCAGUCCUACUCCUGCCUGCCCUAUGGCAGCCUGGCCUACCACCUGUCAGCCACGCUGGGCGCCAUGGCCAACCCUUUGGCCUGCUUCCUCGCCAUGUUCCUGCCCAGCAGGUCUCUGCGGUUGAUGUUGUUGCUGACGGUGACCGGCACCACAAUUGGUGCCUAUAUCAUGGGUAUGGCCGUGCUGAGCCCCUGCCCCUGGCUGGUUCACACCCACACGGGCACUGCCCUCAUGGUGCUGUCGUGGACCCUGUUCACAGGGAGUCUGUCCUACGUGAAGGUCAUGAUUGGGGUGAUUCUACGAGAAGAAGGCCAUAGUGCCCUUCUACUGUGCGGAGCGGUGGUGCAGCUGGGCUCUAUGCUGGGGGCUCUCACCAUGUUCCCCCUGGUCAGUGUGUAUAGCCUGUUCCGUUCCGGGGACCCCUGUAAUUCCCUGUGCCUUCCAUGAACGUCACACCAUUCCCAGCAACUCCCCCCCACCCCCCC